AUGGAUCAACAUAAAAAACCUGAAAAUGCAUCGCAAGGAGAGCUAUCAAAUAUGAAGUCUAUGGAUUCCUUACAAACUACCAUUUCAAAUACGACAACUGCAACAACUGCUACUACCUCUGCUGCUGCUACACAAAAUGUUAAUAGCAGUACAGCAACUGAGAAGCAACAGAGAGAACAGGCCGUACCAGUAACAAAUAAUGCAGAGGGUGAAGAACAAACGAUGCGCAACCAAAAGCUUGUAGAGGAGUUUCAGUAUCUGUUGGAAAAGAGUCAAAGUCUGUUUAGUGGACUACGAGACUUGCCUCCAACGGGAAGUCAUAGACAAUGGAGGCCUUAUUUUGAAAAGACCUUUGAAGUCUAUACAAAGCUAUGGAAGUUUCAACAGACACACCGACCUAUAUUAGAAGACAAGGCUAAUUAUGGAUUAAAACGAUGGGAAGUAGGUGAGAUUGCAAGCAAGAUUGGACAGCUGUAUUAUCAUUACUACCUAAGGACAAGCGAAACCAAUUAUUUGCAUGAAGCCUACGUCUUUUACGAAGCUAUCCAUGAAAGACAAUACUUUAAAGACGUCCUAGAAGUAAAAAACUCAGCUUUGAUGAUCAAAAAGAUGAGAUACUAUGCACGAUUUAUUAUCGUCUGUUUAUUACUCAACCGAAGUGGAAGCGUUCAAAAGCUCAUUAGCGAAUUGGAAGGUCUGAUCGAAGAAUACAUCAAGAACUUCAAGCCACCUGACGCAAAGGAAUGGCAAAUGGUGUUAGAAGAAGUCAGUACAUUUACAGAGGCAGAAAAAAAACUAGUCCCUAUCAACCUCGACAAGACCCCAGAUAAGAUCGAACACAGGCUGAGGCAUAGUAUUGAAGAGAGACCAGGCGAGAAACUGAGACUUCAAGAGGCCAUUCUGGUCGGAAAUUACCAAAAGCAGAUCAAAUUUUCUGAGCUCACCUUGGAUAUGUACCGUAUGCUUCAGUCGUUGGAAAGGGAACCUUUCUUAUCGAGCGAUAAACCCAAACGGCCGAAUCCACACAAGUAUCUGCUCUACCGACCCUCGCUCAGUCAGUUAUUGGUCUAUAUCUCGGCUGCCUUCAAGGACACAGGAGAUCACAGUGCGCUGAUGCUCUAUCUCUCGGCCGACGGCUGUGGAUAUUCAGAUCAGAUGCUUCCGGGCUUUGGCGGAGGCGUGAUGACAAGUCAGCGGCAUAAAGGAGAUCAUCGUAACCAUGCAUCAAACACGACCAAUGCAGCUCAAGGCACAGCCAUUCCUUCGUCGAACAGUGCAAAUCUUGGCAACUCUGGAGCCAGCGGCACAAUGACGGCUAGUUCUCCUGUCGGCAAUGCACCUUCGUCGUCUAUAGCAGCGGGAAAUAGUAUGCAUCCCGGUUCCUCCAACACAGGACCGGGCACUGGAGUAGCUGCUGGCGCUACAACCAGUGGAUUAUCUUCAUCCAUGGCAGGAACAGCAGCAGCUGUAGGUGGUAUAGCCACAGGUAGCGGCGUAGGUAUAUCCUCUGGAAGCACAUCAACGCCCAAGCAUACAGAAGUCCCAUCUGUUCACUGUCUACAUCCGGCAGAUCUUAUCCCAUUUACUCGAAAGCCUCUGUUCUUAAUUAUUGAUAGUGAUUACAGUAUCGCAUUUAAAAACAUGCCUAGCAUUUUUGGCCAACCGUUCAUGUGUCUCAUGUCGCCUACAGAGUAUCCUUCGUCUGUACAGGAUAAGAGCGAAAUAGGCAGUCUCUUCACCUUGUUUCUGCACACACCAUUACUUGGGUUCUGUUCUGUUUCAGAUAUCGGCAAUCUCGAUCAACAAAAAUGGGACGAGUGCGUGCAAAAGGUGUCGAUUAUGGAAAAGACGAUCGGUCAGUUGCUUUUGGCGGAUGCAACCGUGGAUAAGAGUGUGAAGCGGUUCAUGACGGAUGAUUUCUUGUACCAUUUCAUUGUUCGAUUUGUACUUUGUGGAUUUAUAUUGAGAUACCAUUCUUCCUUCAAAGAUGAAAAGUCAUUUCCUACAUCAACGCCUAGCUUGCCUGAAAACAUUUAUGUUACUGCAGAAAUAGUGACCAUGCUGGCAGAUCUUACAAGAAUUGCUGAUGUGGGAACUUACUUUAGUUUGCCUGCUUAUGCUACAGUCUCAAUGGAUACAUCUUCAUCAGCAUCUACAAGCAACACAGUUACUACUAAUAAUAAUAGCAAUAGCAAUAAUGCUUCUAAUAGUGCAGCAAUUAAUGUUACCAAUGUGAAUACCAAUACUAAUACUACCAAUACAAAUAACAACAGUGUAUCAACUAUGGAUAUUUCAUAA